CAGCACACAAAACCCUAGAAUAUAUUGGCCGUUUGUGUUGAUUAUUAGCACUCAAUUGAAGAACACCCAUCUUCAAUUAGGGUUUCUUUUCUAACCCCUUUUGGUUAUUUCCACAAAUUCACCACUUUUUCCGCAAUCGGAUCGACCCCCCUUUUGAUGUCGAUGGAGAUACCUUCUCAUCCACCAACUUCUUCAUCUGAAGAACACACCAACACCUCCAACAUCGAUGCAACUCCAUUACUAUCAACAACAACCUCCGCCAUCUCCGACCAAAUCUUCCGUAGCCGCCAAUUCGUCAGAGGCCCACCUUCCCUCCGUGGCGCCGCGAGGUUCCUCCGCCGUGCAAGUAGCCGGCGGAUGCUCCGUGAGCCGUCAAUGCGAGUGAGGGAAUCGGCGGCGGAACAAAUCGAAGAGCGGCAGAGUGAUUGGGCGUAUUCGCGUCCUGUUGUUAUUCUAGACCUGAUUUGGAACCUUGCGUUUGUUGUUGUUUCGAUAUCGGUGUUGAUUAUGAGCCGGAAGGAGUCUCCGGUGAUGCCGUUGAGGUCUUGGAUUGUUGGGUAUGGGUUGCAGUGUUUGGUCCAUAUGGGGUGUGUGUAUGUGGAGUAUAAGAUUCGGUACCAGCGGCGCGUGGCGGAGUUUGGCAGCGGUUCAAGGGUGGAAGUUGGUAAUGGGCAUUCGAGUGCUUCGUCGAUUUCGGUGAAUGAUGGUGGGGAGAAUGUGGAUGGUGGUUCUGCUAGGUUGCAGAAUGAUGAUGAUGAUACUAGUGUCGCUAAACAUUUGGAAUCUGCUAACACGAUGUUUUCGUUCAUUUGGUGGAUCGUUGGAUUCUAUUGGGUGUCUGCUGGUGGCCAAAAUUUGAUUUCGGAAUCACCUCAGUUAUACUGGCUUUGUAUAACGUUCUUGGCAUUCGAUGUCUUUUUUGUCGUUAUCUGCGUGGCCGUGGCAUGUGUUGUUGGUAUUGCCGUUUGUUGCUGUCUACCUUGUAUUAUUGCAAUAUUGUAUGCGGUGGCCGACCAGGAGGGUGCAACUAAGGACGACAUCGACCGUUUGCCUAAAUAUCAGUUCAAGAGAAUCAAUGAUUUUGAAAAACGAAGCGAGGAGAUCCAAGAAGCUUUUGGUGGAUUAAUGAUCGAAUGUGAUACCGAUGCACCCAUCGAGCAUGCUCUACCACGGGAAGAUGCCGAAUGUUGCAUUUGCCUUUGUGCUUACGACGAUGGAACGUAUCUCCGCGAGCUCCCGUGUUGCCACCAUUUUCACGCUGAUUGUAUCGAUAAGUGGCUUUAUAUCAACGCCACAUGCCCGCUCUGCAAAUUCAACAUACUAAAGAACGGCAACCAAGGUAGCGAUGACGUUUGAUGCAUUCAUCGUUUCUUCACUGUCGCUUCAUUCCGAAUUGCGUUUUUAAGGUGAGUUUAGCGUAUUAUCACUCUACUUUAUUGGUUAGAGGUAAGGCCUGCGUACAUCUUACCUUACUUGGAUCCCACUUCACGUGGGAUGUACCGUGUUCGUUUGGUUUGGUCUUAGGUGAGUUUAGCGUAUAAUAAUAUGAGAUUGUUGUUGAGGGACUAUUUUUCCGCAUUACGUGUAAAAAUGGCGCACGAGAUGUAAAGUAUAAUUUUUUUUUUUGGUAUGUAUGUUGUAACAUAUGUAUG